UCUCUUUUGGACAUCUGGCGCAAAUAAUUACGAAGCCGACAGAAAUUAUGAUACAGGACUUGUUAAACGCUUGCCAAAGCCCCGAGGGUCUGGGAAUUAGAUCCUUCACGGACACCACAGUGAUUGAGCACUUUAUACAUCCUUGCGAGAGGCAUAUAUUUUUAAAUAUCCUUAAAAUUAUAAAAGUCCACCAAGAAGUCGCUCAGUUUACACAGUCCGUGGGAUCGCAGAAGAACACACUUGGCCAACUUCCAGAUCUUUCGGAUGGCUAUUACUUGCUCAAUUUGGCCAAGGGAAUCGAGGUCGCCCUAGAGGAUUACCAUGCCGAGAUCAGGCGCCUGGAGAAGUACUGCUCGGAGAACGAGCGCACCUCGCUGUCCUACGUCCACGAUGCCCUGCAAGUCAAGCUGCCAGUUCUGGUUUUCCUGAGGAACCUCAUCAUGGAGAUCCAGGUGCGAAAACUGCGGGGAUGCGCCAUGCUGUACAACCUCCAUCAGCAGUCCGAGCACGGAGACAUUCAACUGGAGAGAGUAAUCAGGAAAAUUAUGAAGCCCGUUAAGUACGCAUUCUUCUCGAGCCUGGCUCACUGGCUGUUGUUCGGUGUGAUCGACGACGUCCACACGGAAUUCUUCAUUAAAUUCACCUCAAACGAUUCGGUGGACGGUAGCCUAUGCAGCAAAUCGGCCAGUAGUUCUGUGAUGAGCGCCGACAAAACCCCCGAGGACUAUAUAUGGCAGUACGAAAUCAAUCUGGAUCAGCUGCCCGGAUUUCUGUCCUCCAUUGUGGCCGAAAAGGUCCUGUUCGUGGGACAAACUGUGCUGGUCUUCAAGAUGCGGAAAAACGUUACCGCGAAGAACAACACAGACCAAUUGGCAGUGAAGCUGGCUGAACUGUCACGCGAUGAUAUCUACGAACUGUGGAACGGCAGGGAAUCCGAGUUCUUUCAGAUGGUCCUGGACCUGAGCAACGACGAGACCAUCAAUGUCUUCCGCAUCGAAAAUGUUAUAAACGAUAUCAAGAAGUACGUUAGCAUGCGGCUCUCGGAAAUAGCUGUUAACGAAGUGGAUCUGGAGAGCCAAAUGGGACUCAUCAAAGACUUUUAUUUGUUGGGACGAGGGGAGUUCUACUUGGAGUUCUGUUGCCAAAUGAUCGGAACCAUGGAAACUUAUCGCGAGGAGCGAUUCAAGAAUAUCACGAGAUCAUUUGAGCUGGCGGCUACCGUCAUGGGAAUCUCUGAUGACUUGGACCACUUUGCACUCAGUUGCCAAAGAAGCAUCAGUGAGCCAGACGAGAGUUCCGACUUUCAUAUUCUGCAAGGCCUGAACCUCAAGUACACAUAUGAGUGGCCUUUGAAUCUGUUGUUUUCGCCGAAGGCAAUUGAACGAUACAACAAGAUAUUUCGGUUCUUGCUGAUUAUUCGAACUUUUCAAUACGAAAUACAAAGAGUCUGGGCCAAGCAGACCUGGAAGGCUAAAACUUUGCCUGCGCCUCUGGAUAAUAAAAUCAUAAAUCUUCGCAAUCAUCUGAUGUUCUUCCUGAACAAUAUGCAGUACUACAUUCAAGUGGAUGUGCUUGAAAGUCAAUUUAGUAUUCUGAUGAAUGUGAUUAAAAGCAAGGCUGAUUUUGAAGAAAUACAAAGAGCUCAUACAAUAUUUCUGGCAAAUGUCCUGUCGCAAUGUUUCCUGCUUUCCGACUCAAACGAGGGCCAAAAAAAUACUACCGGAUGCCAAUCGCAAAACCCCAUUUAUGGAACGCUUCUUAAACUCUUCAGUAUAUGCGACAAGUUUGCGCACAUUACCCAAACGAAGGAUCCGCCUGAUAACUUUAUGGGCGAGAUCGACGAUCUUAAUGAAAGAUUUGGUGUUCAAAUUGCGAGCCUUAUCCAACUAUUAGUUGACGUUAAAUCAGCAUCUAGCUUGGGUCCGCUUUCUCAACUCCUUUUGCGAUUGGAUUUUAAUCAUUGGUUUAGUGCCAACCAUAAUGUGUCAGCAUCGAGCAAAUAAACGAAGGAAGUACCUUUACCUAGAGCUGUAA